AUGUGGGAAGAUGCCGCCCACUACUUCAUCCACUCAGGUACCAGUGCCAAGGACCAUAAUCAGGCAGGAUUGCUCACCAUCAUCUCCAAACGAAUCGUUGACAAAGGUUCACUGCGUUAUGUCUCAGCGAUAGACGGCAGGCUCAUGAGAGUGCAGUUCAAACACGGUCCGAGACAGGUUGAUGUCAUCAAUUUUUAUCAGCACACCUGGAGACCUACCAAACAUGUUCAGUCACUCCGGCACAAGGCCUGGGACUCGCUCACUCAGCAAAUACAAGCAGUCCCACUGCGUAGCCGACUACUGGUCGGCGGAGACUUUAAUACCCCAUGCACAGCCUCUCAUCCACACGCUGGACCGAAUGUGCUGCCCAAACCAGAUCACGGCAUCCAGGACGCUGACGAUCUGCAGGCCAUAGUACAGGGCUUGGAUCUAGUCUUCCUUAACACGUUCUCCCAGGCAGUUCAGGCACACACAUAUCAAUGGAAUCAGCAGAGGUCGCAGAUCGACUUCUGGCUGACCCGUCGACUACAGGCCGGCGGCAAAGCCAAGCUAGCAGGCCCGAUGCCGGACUUCCAUGUCGGACGCUGGAGAGGCGGCCCUCGUCACACGCCCGUGCAGGCGAGCCUCAUGUAUCAUUGGCAACCCUGGGAGCAUCGCAAGUUUCAGCACCUCACCAAUCAGACAGAGGUUGAUCGCUUCGACAUCCUGCGCGCGAGCAGCGCUGCGGAUGACCCGCGGAUCCCUCGCUUCCGUGCGGACGUCCAGACCUUAGUUAACCAGGGCCCGUUGUCCAUCGAGCAACUUCAAACCAAGGUCUUUGAGCUAGCCUGCAUACACUUCCCUAAGCGGCCUCCCCAGCGGGCGGCGAAACCCUGGCAGGAUGGCACCCACACCCAUUACGCUGAGACCAUGUGGGGACAUUUCCGUGCCAGAUCCGCCAUUAUCCGUAGGCUGACCAAGCCGAACCUCAAGCCCACAUUCAUCUUGAGGACGACGUUCCGGCGACGCAACAACGGCUUCGCAAGAUUCUGCAAGGCCGCCGGGGGCUCACACUUGGGCAGAGAGUCCUUCUCUGGAGAUCGACCGUUUUACCCAGUGCGCUCUACGGCCUUGGAGCAUGUGGACUCACAACGACACAGAUGCAGCGUCUACAUCAGGUGUGCCGUCCCGACCCAGGCUAUGGACCCACAGGCGCACCAGGUGCCCCCGCCUACGGUUCACACUCCCCGUGAAGUCGCUGUGGAGGAAGCAGAGACUGCUGCAGCCCCAGAGAUGUUCGGACCUCUCCUGGGGAAGCGGGCCACUCCCGCUGCAGAGUCGGAUCAGCAGAGCACCACAGAGCGUCCCAACAAGUCGGGCAAGCAGAACGAAGGGGGGAAAGGCAAGGGACCCAACAAGCGUCAGCCGGGACGCUACAGAGGUGGUGGCAGAAGCUCUCUACAGGGCGAACAGGACGGAGGGCUCAAUCGAGAGACCUUCAAGUUAGUCGCGAGAGCCUUGGUCCACCAGCAGGAAGCCAUCGACACAUUGAGAUUGAGCACCGGGUGGAUCUGGUGGCUUCGCAUCCCGGAGCCCACAGUGAUUCCCACCUUGAUCGAGGCGGCAGAGCUAUGGCGCGAGCAGGUGACGAAGAAGGACAGCAAGCUCAGAGACACGCCACUCAAGCAGGCCAUGUUUUGGAGCCUGAUGCAGUUCGUCAUCAACACGUUGGAACAGCCGUCCGAGGCGAACACAACCCUUGCCAAGAACUCAGGCUGGAUCGACAGCAGCGGCCGCUGGGUGUAUCAACGCUGGAACCCCGAACUGCGUGCGCUCGAGGUGGACAGCAGCAGAAGUGCACUCACUCACGAGGAGCUCCUCCGGACCAUCAAGGAGAUUCAGUCGCUGAUCCACCCAGAGACACUCUCUCGCUUCCAUGUGCUUCGACAGCUCGAGCCGCAGAUGGAGGGCCAAACAGUGAGAGUCAUGAUGGAUAUUGCACUCAGAUGCCCGGAGGCGACGCAACUGUUUCAAGGCCUCACGACGCUGCAAGGGAACUCAUCGCUCCAGCUAGUCGGACUGCAGUUCAAGCGCUCGACCAUGCAGCGCCCGCCACUCAUCAAGCAGCAUGCUGCCCUGGAGGUUCAUGCUGUCAGGCAUCCACCAAUGCUUUUGAUGCUUCAGUUCUCACGAUAUUCUUUUGGAUCCACAGGUCUAGACUCUUGCAACAUCACCUACACCGUAGAGGCGGCAAUUUUACACCGAGGGAGGUUUACAUGCUGA